UCAUUUGGAUCCUGAACUGUUGCAUUUCACAGCGCUCGGUGCUGUCACACACACACACUCUCUCUCUCUCUCUCACUCUCUCUCUCUUGUCAUACAUGCAUGCACACACACACACUUACACACAGACACACACACACUCGUGCUCACACAGGGGGGCUUGGCAGCACUAGUGAGCAUCCUAUGGGAUUAUAACUGACCUGGACCGGUCUGGACUCACACCUGCCAGCAGGGACAGAGCAGCGCUGAGAGGAGGAGAAGAAGAAGAAGAGUAGGAGAAGAGAGCGAGAAGGAGGUGGAAUAAGGGAGAAAAAGGGGGGAAGAAAAAGAGAAAGAGGAUAAGAGGAGGAGAGGGGUUGUUGUUUUGUGACUGUUCAGUCCCCCCCCCCCCCGAUGCCAGCCCGCUGAAGAUGGAGAACACAUGAGGGACGAGAACAGCUGGGAACCGCGGGGUCGCUCGGAGGAUGAAAAAAAAAAUGUCGCUGAGUAAAGUUUGUGGAUAUUUCUAGAGGGAAUUUUUCACCCUUGAACUUUGGGGAAGAGCAACAGAGGAGGUUUGACUGUGUGCACUUUGCAAACGGGGAAAAAAAAAGCCUGCAGGUGGGACCUCAGGUGAUGGCGUCUCAGAGCACCAUGGCGGCCGCCAGCCCCCUCUCCUGCCUCCUCCUCCUCUUCCUCCUCCUCUCCCUCCUGAUGUCCCGACCCGCCUCCACCCAGGACGCCACCACGGGACUUACGACGGAAGGCGACCCGUCCGUCGUCCCGACCUCGCUGGCCAACCAGACGGCCGCCGGCUACGGGGCGACCACGCAGAACACGCCCCCGGAGACGGGGCUGUCCACGCCCACGAGCGGCGGGGACGCGGACGACGAGGACAUCCCCCCUCCCGGCGGGACGCGCUGCCAGGGCUACUACGACGUGAUGGGCCAGUGGGACCCGCCGUUCAACUGCAACGCCGGCGUCUUCCUGUACUGCUGCGGCACCUGCUUCUACCGCUUCUGCUGCCAGUUCCGCCAGCAGCGGCUGGACCAGAGCAUCUGCUCCAACUACGACACGCCCAUCUGGGCCAACACCGGCAAGCCCGUGGCCACCAUCACCGAGGGCCAGGGCGACCAGGACCGGGACCGCACCCACCUCAUCGUCUACAUCAUCUGCGGCGUGGUGGCCAUCAUGGUGCUGGUGGGCAUCUUCACCAAGCUCGGCCUGGAGAAGAGCCGGGGAGGAAGUGGAGGAGGAGGAGGGGGCGGAGCCGGGGUGGCCCACGCUGACAUCAGCAACUCCAGGACUCUGUCGGACCUGCUGAAGCAGCAGGGAGGGGAGGUGAGCUCGGUGGACAACACGGGCGCCGGCUCGCCCAGCAGAGGCAGAGCCAACGGCAUCUCAGCCAGGAUGCUGCGCAGCCGCAGCGAGCAGUACCAUCUGAACAAUGCAGGUUACGGUCAGUUUGGACAAGGGCUUCCACACCCGCACAGCAACCCCAGCGCAGUGGGACUCAACAAGUACACCUCCCUCAAAGCUGUGGCGGACAGUGCGUCUCGUAGCUACUACAAGAGCUUCCCGCUGAUGGACUUCUCCCACUACCAGCCCGUGGCGCCUCCUGCCUUCCAGCCUGUGUCACUGCAGCCCAAAGAGAAGUCCUACCUCCACCAGGCCCCCCACGACCUCCACGCCCCGCUCUCCAUCUCCAUCCCCCCCAGCCACCUGGAGCACGCGCGCCUCCCCAAGACCACCACCCACCCGUUCCUCUCCAGCUCCGCCUUCAAAGCCUGGGAGCCGACCGGCCGCCACGUCCAGAGGCAGACCUCCGCCCCGGGCCACUCGUCUGCCUCGAUGCACGGCUCCAGCCGGAGACACGCCUACUCCACCAGGAGGCAGCAGAGCAUAGAGAACAUGCCUGAUCUCUUUAACCAGCCCUAUGGAGGGGGCUAUGGAGGGUUGGGAGGUGGUAUCGGGCCGGGGCUCCAACCGUCUCAUCCCUCCUACUACCACCACACCAGGCAUAAGAGCUACUCCACCCACAGUAAGACUGAGGUGACUGUCUGA